GCAGUUUUGUGUCAAAUGUUUUAGAGAGAGAAAGAGAGAACAAUUACAAAAGCGAACAACAACAACAAGAGAAAGAGAUCUUAGAGAGAGAAAGAGGAGAGAGAACACGAAAAUCUUCAGAGUUUGAAAUUUGCUGUGUCUGAUAAUAGAAGAAGUAUGGAGUGGCCAACGUUGGAUGAAUAUGAAAAGCUUCUUAUUCGAAUGUCUACCCCUAGGGUCAUGAUCGACAACGCCGGUUGUUCCAAUGCUACCCGAGUCAUGAUCGAUAGCGCAAGAAAACACGGUAUCCUUCUCGAAGCUGUUCAAGUUUUGAUGGAUUUGAAUCUGUCAAUCAAGAAGGCUUACAUUUCUUCCGACGGUCGGUGGUUCAUGGAUGUUUUUCACGUGACUGAUUUAAACGGAAACAAAUUAACCGAUGAGAGCGUCUUCCGUUACAUUGAGCAGUCACUCGAGACGGUGCAUUACGGAAUAUCCAAAAGCUUCGAGGGCCUAACGGCUCUAGAACUAACCGGAACCGACCGAGUCGGCCUGUUAUCGGAAGUCUUUGCAGUACUAUCAAAUCAGCACUGCACGAUUUCCGACGCAAAAGUGUGGACCCACAACGGCCGAAUCGCAGCCCUAAUCUAUCUCAAGGACAACAUUUCAGGCUCGUCGAUCGACGACUCGGAUAAGUUAGACGCGAUCGAGACGAUGCUGCGGAACGUUCUGAAGGGCGACAACGACAUUCGGAGCGCCAAAACCUCCGUCUCGUUCACGGUUACGCACACCGAGAGGAGGCUCCAUCAGAUGAUGUUCGCCGACAGGGAUUACGACAGGAAGUCUGUGAUGAAUACGCGUGGCGAAUCGGCCGUUAUUUCGGUGCAGAACUAUCUGCAGAGGGACUAUUCGGUUGUGAAUAUUCAGUCGAAGGAUCGGACGAAGCUUUUGUUUGACGUGGUUUGCACGUUGACCGACAUGCAGUAUGUUGUUUUUCAUGCCACCGUCGACACGUCAGGAGAUAGAGCAACCAUGGAAUUCUUCAUUAAACACAUGGAUGGAUCACCGAUUAGUUCGGAAGCUGAAAAGCAGCGUGUGAUUCUAUGCCUACUUGCUGCAAUCGAGCGGAGGGCAUCUGAGGGUGUGAGGCUUGAGCUUUGUACAUCGGACAGAAAAAAUCUCUUGGCGGAUGUUACUAGAACCUUCCGCGAGAACGGCUUGAACGUGACGAGGGCAGAGAUAUCCACAAGAAAGGACACUGCACUCAACGUGUUCUACGUGACGGAUGCUGUCGGGAAUCCGGCGGAUUCGAAACUUAUCGAGUCCGUUCGACAAAAGAUCGGGUUGAGCGAUUUGAAAGUGAAGGAGUUGCCGUUGAUCUAUCAUCAAGCGGUCGAAAGGGCGGGGCCCACCACGAUGGGUAGUGGCGGGGCCAUGCUGCUGUCACUCGGUAGCAUGGUGAAAAGGAAUUUAUUCAACUUGGGAUUGAUCAAAUCGUAUUCUUGAUUUUCAAAUAACUCCCAAAUGGGUUGGAUUCGAAACCGGUCGCAAUUAACUUGAAAACGAGAGCCGGGUUCUUGGAUUUGUCGUCAGUCGAAUCAAAUCCUGCGAUCCAAACGGCAUAUUCUUCGCGCUUCGGGGAGUUGGACGAAUGAGCUGGACACUUGUACAUAGUAGAUGGAAUUUAGUUGGGGGUUGGUUGGUUGGAUUUGCAUAGUUAAUUAAUCACAUAGUACACACACAUUGAAGGUGGAUGAUAUGGGGGGCCACCUCCCCCACUAAUUUUUCUUUGGGAAGAGUAGAAUUAGUGUAAGAAGACACGUGAUAUGUUUUGUACAUACAUAAUUCUUAUUUCUUGAGUUUUAAAUUCUAUUGUCUAAAAUUUAUUUAAUUUUUUCCCUUGAUUUCCGGAAUGGUGGAGGGUGUGUUUGUUUCCUUAUUAUAAGCAAAUAUAGUUGGAGCAUUAUACAGUUGGCAAAACAACUUUUAAGUUGAAGUUGAUUUUUGUUUGA